AGACCAAAAUGACUGUUCCAUCAAAACCUGGAGAGAGAUUCUUUCGUUCAUGCACAGAUCUAAUUCAUAAAGAGAGGCAAGUUCUGAUCUUGACUCUGCGGCCUUCAUAAGUAGAACUUUGAUUUGCAUUUCGGUAAGGAGAGCGAAAAUGGAAGAGAAAGCGAAAGUAUAUGCAAUUUCCGAAAAGGGGUUAUUGCAAACUAAGGAGUUGUAUCAGUACAUUUUGGACACGAGCGUGUUUUCACGUGAAUUACAGCCCCUUAAGGAGCUAAGAGAAGUCUGCGCCAUCCAUCCAAGGGCCUGGAUGAGCACUGCACCAGAUGCAGGUCAGUUCAUGGCAAUUCUUCUGCAACUUCUGAAUGCUAAACGGACCAUUGAAAUUGGAGUCUUCACUGGGUACUCUCUCCUGCUCACUGCCCUGAAUAUUCCCGAGGAUGGCAAGAUAGUAGCCAUAGAUGUGGAUCGUGCAGCAUAUGAAAUGGGUUUACCCGUUAUCAAGAAAGCCGGCGUAGAGCACAAGAUCGACUUCAUUGAAUCCGAGGCUCUCCAAGCUCUCGAUGAAAUAGUGCAAAAUCCCGAUGCCGAGGGGAGCUUUGACUUCGCCUUUGUCGACGCAGACAAGGUCAACUUUUGGAAUUAUCACGAGAGAUUGAUGAAACUGGUGAAGGUAGGCGGAGUGGCCAUAUACGACAACACGCUGUGGAGAGGGACGGUCGCCAUGCCUGAAGACGCCGUCCGACAGAAACUGAAGGAGGGUCGAAAGUUAACGAUCGAGUUCAACAACCUGCUGGCCAAGGAUGCUCGCGUCCAAAUCUGCCAUGCUUCCAUCGGCGAUGGAAUGACAAUCUGCAGGCGAAUUUCCUGAAAGCAGGGAUCCCCUCUGCUUCACCGUAUCCUAGUUUGUAAGAUGUAAUCUCUGGCGUGUUCCAUCCGAAAUAAGUGAAUAAGAGCGAUGACUCUCUCUCGCGCUCUCUCUUUCUCAAA